GGAAGAAGGUGAAAGUCCUCCAGGGCGACCAGAAGCGACGGAGGUGAAAAAGAGGAAGGGGAAAAUGAAGGAGUGGAUCACAUGACCGGCUUAUUUCCUGCUGCACCAACUUGAGCCGCCUGGCCGCCUCAGAGCAGCUCCUCCUCGGACUCGCUCCCACCGCAGGCCUCCUCCUUCGACGCCCCAGCCGUCGCCGCCGACGGACUCGACUCAAAAGUCGCCAAUUUUCCUGCCUUCGCACUGCUCAUCAUGGCUACGGCGGCGGUGUGCGCCCCGACCGGCAGCGGCCCCAGCCCCGGCCCGGGAACCGAGCUGGUCCGCGGGCAGGCGUUCGACGUCGGGCCUCGCUACAGCAACCUGUCGUACAUCGGCGAAGGAGCCUACGGGAUGGUGUGCUCGGCGUACGACCGGGACAACAAGAUCCGCGUGGCCAUCAAGAAGAUCAGCCCGUUCGAGCACCAGACGUACUGCCAGCGUACGCUGAGAGAGAUCAAGAUCCUGCUGCGCUUCAAACACGAGAACAUCAUCGGCAUCAACGACAUCAUCCGCACGCCCACCAUCGACCAGAUGAAGGACGUCUACAUAGUCCAGGACCUGAUGGAGACGGACCUCUACAAGCUCCUGAAGACCCAGCACUUGAGCAACGACCACAUCUGCUACUUCCUGUACCAGAUCCUCCGAGGCCUCAAGUACAUCCACUCCGCCAACGUGCUGCACCGCGACCUCAAACCCUCCAACCUCCUGCUCAACACCACCUGCGAUCUCAAGAUCUGCGACUUCGGUCUGGCCCGCGUGGCCGACCCGGACCACGACCACACCGGGUUCCUCACGGAGUAUGUGGCCACCCGCUGGUACCGGGCCCCCGAGAUCAUGCUCAACUCCAAGGGCUACACCAAGUCCAUAGACAUCUGGUCGGUGGGCUGCAUCCUGGCCGAGAUGCUGUCCAACAGGCCCAUCUUUCCCGGGAAGCACUACUUGGAUCAGCUCAACCACAUCCUGGGGAUCCUGGGUUCCCCGUCUCAGGAGGACCUGAACUGCAUCAUCAACAUCAAGGCCAGGAACUACCUGCUGUCACUUCCUCUGCGCUGCAAAGUGCCCUGGAACCGCCUCUUCCCCAACGCCGACGUCAAAGCUUUGGACCUGCUGGACAAGAUGUUGACCUUUAACCCCCACAAAAGGAUCGAGGUGGAGGAGGCCCUGGCCCACCCGUACCUGGAGCAGUACUACGACCCCACGGACGAGCCGGUCGCCGAGGCGCCCUUCAAGUUCGACAUGGAGCUGGACGACCUGCCCAAGGAGACGCUGAAGGAGCUCAUCUUUGAAGAGACGGCGCGUUUCCAGCCCGGCUUCAGAUCCUAACGUCUCACGCAGAUGAUUCUGCGGAAGCGGCCGCCACGCCACCAAACCCCGCCCCCUCCCUCGCCGAACCCUUGCCCCGCCUCCACACUGUCGCUCUUUUAUUUCCUCCUCUCUCUCUCUCUUUUACUCCCAUCACGUCCACUUUGCUCAGGAACGGCGUCAGGAAGCAAUCAGCCUGGGGUGGGGUGGGGUGGGGUGGGGUGGGGUCCGGGGGCGGGGGUGUUUAUUGUGGGAUGCCACGUGUGUCAGAGGAAGGCGCUCGGCCGAUCGCCCCCCUUUUUUUUUCGGCCCCUGCAUGAAUCGUCCACUGUUUUUGUCGUCUGAGACGAGGACACGCCCCCCCAGCCCCCCAACCCCGCCCCCCCCCCCAAGCGGUGAUUUAUGCAAACUUGGUCAUCCACUAAGCCAUGGCCCCCACGUACACGAGUGGACGACGUCGGGAGGGGAGACGCAGACAUGAAGACAAGCGUGUCCUCUGCAUGACUGUUAGCAGCUUUGUAAACAAAGACCGCCAUGCUAAGUGCCACGCGGGCUAAGCUAAGCUAAGCUAAGCUAAGCCGGGCCUUUCCCCCGUCCUCCUUUGUUGGCUUUCUUAUUAGCGUCCAUCGGUGCAAGUCCAAGUACAAUUUAUUUUUUUAUUAGUUGAUCCUGUGGGCGGAGCUUACCUCGGUGGGCGGAGCCACUUCACGGCACGUCCUACUUGAAAUGAGCCGAUUGAGUCGAUUAAAGAUUGGGAGCGGCCAUCUUGAAGCAGGGGGUGUCCAAAUAUAAACCUGACACAAAUUAGCUUAGCAUGCUUUGACCUUUUAGUGACCGCAAUCUUCGGGGGGGGGGGGGCAUUCUAUCGUAGUAUCAUUUCACAAGCGAACCUCAACAACGGGAAAAGAAUAAUAUGAGGAAAAAUAUUCAUUUAUAUUUCAUUUUUGGGGGGAAAAAAUGCUAAUAUUUUUUGGAAUAAAGUCCAAAUAUUAUGAGAUUAAUUGAAAAUGUGUGGAAAAUUCAAAAGAAAACCGCAAAAUAUUUUCAGGAAUAACCGCAUAUUAUUAGGAGGAAAAAUAACAACAUAUAAAUAUUAUCUGUUUUGAAAAAAAUUGAAUAUGAGAAACUAAGUUGUCAUUUUGGGAAAAUAAUAAAGUUAUGAAGAACAGCUGCCAUUUUUUUUGAAUGAAGUCCAAAUAUUAAGUGAAAAAAAUAUUCCCAUGAAAAAUAUAAAUUUCUGAGAAUAAACUUGAUUUUUAUGUCUUAAUUUUAUGAUGAACAAAAUAGAUAAUAAAGUGAUAAUUUUAUUGGAAUUAUGUCACAAUGACAAGAAGGACAUUUACAUGAAGUAGUUGGGGGGGGGAUAUGAAGAAUAAAGUGGGAAUAUUAUGAAGAAACAUAAUAAUAAUUUUGGCAGCAUGGAGUUGAAAUAUUACAAAUUUUUUUAAUAAUUAAUUUUUUAAAUAAUUAAUAAAAAUAUUUUAAAUUUUAAUUGAAUAAUAAUUAAAAUAUAAUAUAUAUUAAUAAAUAAUUAAUAAAUUAUUUUCAAAAAUAAAAUUAUUAAUAGAAUAAUUUUAAACAAUUUUUGGAAAAUUAUGUUGAGGUAAAAAAAAAUCCUAUUAUAGGAAUAAAGUCAUAAUAUUCCCGGAAAUUGAAUGGUUUGGGGAAAAGGGUUAAAAAUGUGAAUAAAUAAUAAUAAUAAUAAUAAUAAUAAUAAUAAUAAUAAUAAUAAUAAUAAUAAUAAUAAUAAUAAUAAUAAUAAUAAUAAUAUUGAGCCCAGCUGAGAUGCACUUUUGGGGAGCGUUUGGACACCCCCCACCCCCAGUCCCCCACCCCCCCUUUUGAAGGAACAGUGGGCCCUUUCCAAAUCAUCAUAGAAGAAGAACUGAGCACUUUUUAUUUUCUUUUGCCAACCCGAGCAGAGGCGGGCGGCCUGUAGAUACGGAGUUGACGUGGGGGGGCGGGGAGGGGGGGCGGUCGGGAGUGGGGGGGGGGGGGGGUGUGGUUACGUGUUUCCGGGAUAGUUCAGUGUGCGAUGCGAUGAUGCGCUUCUGCUCAGUUGUUCGUGCGUCUUUUUUGUGCCUUCUUUGAUAUCCGAGAUUCCGUGUGCAGCUUCGGGCCUCUUACACGUCAACACAAUCAGGCGGGGUCGGGGGUCAGGGGUCAAGGGGGUACAUUUGUCGCCAGCGCUGUGUUCAUGAUGAAAAAGUUCUAUUUCCCCCCCCCGCCCUGUUGUUUUUUGGGAUGUUUGUGUGUUUUGUUGUAAAAAAAAAAAAAAAAAAAAAAUCGGAAUGUUGUGUUUCUAAAAAAAAAAAAAAAAAAAAUUCCCGCUUGGCCAGCUUGUGUUUUAAAAGGUGCGUCCGCCUCAAAGAUUGUUUAUUUUGCCGUCGUGUGAAGAAAUCCACUUUUUGCUCUUAUUGUCUUAUUAAGACUGUUUUUAAAGACUCUUUGGUUCCAGCUGUGCCGACGUUUAAAAAAAAAACAUCUAAAUUCCUAACAAUCCGUAUUGAACACCACCCAUCAAUCAAUCAAUCAAUCAAUCAAUCAAUAAUUGCCAAAUAUGUUUCAAUGUAUUUAAUUACAGCAUUCUCAAUAAAAAUGUGUUUUACCCCAAAGGUCCUGGUGGGAAUGUCUGCUUUUUCCACCUCACUUCUUUCACUUCACUCCAUCACAGCUAGUCUACAUAAUAUCAAUAACAGUCAAAAGUAUCACUAUAGGGGUGUUAUUUCAUGUCUACAGGGCUCUAAUCAUGUUAGAAAUGUGAAUUUAGAAGGUUGUAAACAGGUUUUCCAUGUCUUGUUUUUCUCUUAUGUCUACUACAUUAAGUAAUAGGAGUGCAAAGGUCAAUAUAGGGUUGUUAUGUCAUGUGUAGAGUGCUCUAAUAAUGUUAAAAAGUGAAUUUAGAAGGUUGAAAACAGAUUUUCCAUGUCUUGUUUUUCUCUUUUGUCUACUGUUUGUCUACUAUAUUAAGUAAUAGAAGUGCAAAAGUCACUAUAGGGUUGUUAUUUCAUGUCUAGGGGGCUCUAAUCAUGUUAAAAAGUGAAUUUAGAAGGUUGUAAACAGGUUUUCCAUGUCUCCUUUUUCUCUUAUGUGUACUACAUUAAGUAAUAGGAGUGCAAAGGUCAAUAUAGGGUUGUUAUGUCAUGUGUAGAGUGCUCUAAUAAUGUUAAAAAGUGAAUUUAGAAGGUUGUAAACAGGUUUUCCAUGUCUCGUUUUUCUCUUAUGUCUACUAUAUUAGGUAAUAGUAGUCUAAAGGUGAAUAUAGGGGUGUUAUUUCAUGUCUUGAGGACUCUAAUCAUGUUAGAAACAUGAAUUUAGAAGUUUGUAAACGGGUUUUCCAUGUCUCAUUGUCUUUUAUGUCUACCAUAUUAAGUAAUAGUAGUCUAAAGGUGACUAUAGGGGUGUUAUUUCAUGUCUUGAGGGCUCUAAUUGUGUUAAAAAGUGAAUUUAGAAGAUUGUAAACAGGUUUUCUAUGUCUCGUUUUUCUCUUAUGUCUACUAUAUUAAGUAAUAG